CGUUCCGGCUUUUUAUUGUAAACUAAAGCUCGUGUUUGUUCUAGUUUUGACUCUUACUCUCACCCCGACUAUUUUACUCCGUAAUUAGCAAGUCUCUAGCAAGUGAUCGUUUUACAAAAAAUUCAUAAAAUAAUAUUUGCUCCAUUCAUUGACGAGAUAGUUUAUAUAUUUAAUUUAAACUUCUGACGAGUUUGUAAGUACUAAUAUAAUUAAAUAAGCUGCUGAGUAAUGGCGCCAUUUAAAUUGCGAUUCGCAAAAAUGGGCAAGUCCCGCAGCAAAGGAAGUCGAAGUGACAGCAGCGAGUACGAGGAUGUGGCAUCGAGUCUAGAUUUCGGGGGUAUGAGCACUCCUGGGACACCUGGUACAGAGUUCAAUGUAAUUGCGCUGCCCAAAGACCCACAGAGUACGAUGACCAACUCACCCCCACCUUCUUACGAACAUGUAUUGCAAGAGACGCAAUUGAGACGCACGCCAAGUGAAGUUGAUGAGGGCGAGGAAGAGUUCGCUGAAGCUGAAAAUGAUAAUAAUUAUACGGACGAAAGUGUUGUACUGAGCAGCAAGGGCAGAAUGUUGACAUCCGGGGUCAGCAGAGUGAGCGGCGAAAGCGAGGCCAGUUUGGUGGGCAAUCAAAUAAUCGUAAAGGGCCCGGAGAUAUUUCACAAGUCCAGCAAAGAACUUUAUCGCGCUAUUGCGAAGCAGUGUGGCAUCUCUUGCAAAAUGAGCGAUCAAUGCCGCUGUUUAGAUUGUCAGAGUCAUUACUUCGAUUGCGAGUACGAUAAAGAUGAACAAGAAAAGACUGACGGCGGGUUGGGUGCCGGUACUCCGAUGUUCAUCGCCGAAGUAAUGCACGGAACAGCAUGCAUUCUUCUUUAAGUAAUCAAUACAACUAUAAUUAUAAUUAAUUACUGCAUUAAAUAUUUGAAUAUUCGAUCGGAAAAACGACUGAGGGUUCGAGUAUUUUUAUACUCGGCAGAACCAAUGGGAUAAGCAGAUUAAGUUUAUUAAGUGAAAUAUCAGGCUGUAAUAUUUUAGAGGCAUAGAUAUUAUUAUUAAUUAAUUGAUUAAUUAAUAAUUACUAAACAUAUAAAUAUAUAUAUUCUUACCUUAAUUAGCUUAGUUCAUUUAACAUUCGAAUGUUUACUUUCAAGC